AGUUUUUGACAUUGUAAUUUUGUAAACUAUACAUAUGAAGGCACAUUGAAUUAAUUUUUCUGUAUUUGAAAACAUAUUAUAGUGUCUACUUAUUGGUGUGAAAUAGUUUAGAAAAUGGAUUUCCAAAACAGAGCCGGUGGAAAAACCGGCAGCGGUGGAGUUGCAUCAUGGUCGGAAACAAACCGUGAUCGCAAAGAGCGGCUAAGGCAACUAGCGUUGGAAACAAUUGACUUGAACAAGGAUCCAUAUUUUAUGAAAAAUCAUUUGGGUUCAUAUGAAUGUAAACUUUGUCUAACACUUCACAACAAUGAGGGCAGUUAUUUGGCACAUACGCAGGGAAAAAAACAUCAAGAGAACUUGGCGCGGCGUGCUGCAAAGGAAGCCAAGGAAGCACCCUCCAUGCUAGCACCGGAGAAACCACGAGUUGAACCGAAAAAAUUCGUUAAAAUUGGUCGCCCUGGUUAUCGUGUGACUAAGCAACGUGAACCCAGUAAUGGGCAACAAUCUUUACUUUUCCAAAUUGAUUAUCCUGAGAUCACCGAAGGUAUCAUACCUCGUCAUCGUUUCAUGUCCGCUUAUGAGCAAAAAAUCGAACCACCAGAUCGUAAAUGGCAAUAUUUGCUAUUUGCUGCGGAGCCAUAUGAAACUAUUGCAUUUAAGGUGCCAUCGCGUGAAGUUGAAAAAACCGAGGGUAAAUUUUGGACACAUUGGAAUCGCGAUACAAAGCAAUUCUUCUUACAAUUCUCCUUCAAAUUUGAACCAAAAAUCAUACCACCUCCGCCACCACAAAUGCAUCGUGGUCUUGGACCUGCUGGUGGUUUCCCAAUGCCCGGACCACCACGCCCACACCACAUGUUCAAUGGAGUACCACCACCACCGCCAAUGGGUGUGUUACCGGUACCGCCACCACCCAUGUGAGAGGAGGAGACAACUCCCGUCAGCAGUGGAAAUGGUUGAUUGCUACGGAAGUUGUUAACAAUUCAUUUACAAUUUUAAGCUACGUUUAAUAAAAAUGAUGUCUAAUAAAUGAACCGUUAACAUUUUCAAUAAAAAAGAGAACAAAACAUAAA